AUGAAGUUCGUCAACAAUCUUGCCCUAGGACUAUUCUUGGCUUGUGCUGGACCCUCAGCUGCCUUUGCUCCAGCCACCGUUGCUUCAUCCACCAAGCAAACUUCAGCUCUUUUCGCUGAUGUCAGCAUUGGUAUCUUUGGAGGUGGUACCGUUGGAGGAGGUAUUGUCGAAAUCUUGGAGAAGAAAAAGGAAUACUUUGAAAAGAUGACUGGCAACACCUUGAAUGUCAAGAAGAUUUGCGUUCGGGAUGCCUCGAAACCACGAGACUUCGAGCUUCCUGAGGGAUGCAGUGUCACCACCGAAUACAGUGAUAUUUUGGAAGAUGACUCCAUUGAUAUGGUUGUCGAAGUCAUGGGAGGAACUACCCAAGCUAAGGAUGUUGUCUACGACGCUUUGAAGAGUGGAAAGAAUGUCGUUACUGCCAACAAGGCCUUGAUUGCCGCUUACAUGCCCGAAAUCGAAAAGCUUUUGGCAGACAUCAAUGGAAAACGCGAAACUGCUGUUGAAUUCCGCUACGAGGCUGCCGUAUGUGGAGGAAUUCCAAUCAUUCGAUCCCUGCAAAGUGACUUUGUCGGAGACGAUGUCCAAACUGUCAGCGGUAUCAUCAAUGGAUGCACUAACUUUAUGUUGACUGCCAUGGACCGUGAUGGAAAGUCUUACGAUGAGGCUCUUUCGGAGGCUUCUGCUUUGGGAUACGCCGAGGAGGACCCUACUUUGGAUGUUGGUGGUUUCGAUGCCCGCUCGAAGCUUAAGAUUUUGAUGCGAUUGGCUUACGGAGUCGAUGUCGAGGAGGAUGAUAUUCCCUGCAGCGGUAUCACUGAAUUGACUAAACUUGAUUUCGAAUAUGCCAAGAUGAUGGGAGGAAGUAUCAAAUUGGUUGGAGUCGCUAGCCAAGUUGAUAAUGGAGAUGUUUCGGCGUUUGUUUCCCCUUGCUAUGUUUCGGCCGACGAUUCCUUGUUUGCCGUAAAUGGAGCCACUAAUGCUGUUGAACUCGUCUCCAAGAACCUUGUCUGCACCACUUUGAUCGGAGAAGGAGCCGGUCGUUACCCCACCGCCAACAGUUGCAUCAACGAUAUUGUAGCUUUGGCCAAGGGAGACAAAACUCCCCUCCCUUUCAACCCAGCCUCUGAAGACACGAAGUACGAAGGUGACUACUCGUCCGACUUUUACAUUCGCCUGAAGUACAAGGACUGCCUCGGAAUUACCAGGCAGUGCGGUGAAACUUGCGAAAAGUACGGUGUCUCUAUUCACUCCAUCUUGCAAAACCCAAUCAAACGAAAGGCCGAUGCUGCAUUUGUCUUGAUCACUGAAAAGGUUCCCGUCUCGAAAAUCAAGCAAGUUUGCGCAGAAAUGGAAUCUCUAGAAUGGUGCAAUGGACCAGCCUUCUACAUGCCCGUUCUUGGAGAGAACUGGGCCACUGCCAUGGUAUAA